CGGAGCAGGAGAAACAAAUACAUAGGAAGAAAACGGGAGAAAGAGCAGCGAGCAACCCGGCGUGAGUGAGAGAGAGAGAGAGAGAGAGAGAGAGCCUCUCACAGGACAAGGCGUCGGAGGUGUUCCUUUCUUUUCUUCAGGUGCCAUUGUGUGAAGCAACAAUGGGAGCCGGUGGCCGUAUAUCCGUUCCCGCCACAAAGAAGCAAGAACAUGAUGUCCUCCACCGAGCCCCGCACUCAACACCCCCAUUCACUCUGAGCCAGAUUAAAAAAGCUAUACCAUCUCACUGUUUCCAGCGCUCCGUGGUCCGAUCCUUCUCCUAUGUUGCCUACGACCUAGUCCUCGCUCUUGCCUUCAAUUACAUCGCCACCACUUACUUCCACCUCUUACCCCACCCGUUUCCUUACAUCGUCUGGCCAAUCUACUGGGCCCUACAGGGCUGUGUUCUCACGGGUGUGUGGGUCCUCGCCCACGAGUGCGGCCACCAUGCAUUCAGUGAUUACCAGUGGCUAGAUGAUACUGUUGGACUCAUCCUUCACUCCUUCCUUCUUGUCCCCUACUUCUCUUGGAAGUACAGCCAUCGUCGCCAUCAUUCCAACACUGGAUCGCUUGACCGUGAUGAAGUCUUUGUUCCAAAGCCCAAAUCUAAGAUCUCUUGGUUCUCUAAGUACCUCAACAACCCACCUGGCCGCGUCCUUACACUGGCGAUUACACUCACUCUUGGCUGGCCCUUAUACUUGACAUUCAAUGUGUCUGGCCGUCACUAUGACCGUUUUGCCUGCCACUAUGACCCUUAUGGCCCAAUUUACUCUAAUCGUGAACGAAUUCAGAUAUACAUUUCUGAUGCCGGAAUCCUUGCUGUCACAUAUGGGCUGUUCCGGCUUGUGGCCGCAAAGGGACUGGCUUGGGUUGUAUGCGUGUAUGGGGUUCCGUUAUUGAUAGUGAAUGCGUUCCUUGUAUUGAUCACCUAUUUGCAGCACACCCAUUCGUCUCUGCCACAUUAUGACUCGUCGGAGUGGGACUGGUUGAGGGGAGCAUUGGCAACGGUGGAUAGGGACUACGGGAUAUUGAACAAGGUGUUCCACAACAUCACAGAUACACACGUCGCUCACCAUCUGUUCUCAACAAUGCCACAUUACCAUGCAAUGGAGGCGACCAUUGCAAUCAAGCCGAUUCUGGGUGAGUACUACCAGUUUGAUGGAACACCAUUUUACAAGGCAAUGUGGAGAGAGGCCAAGGAGUGUGUUUACGUGGAGCCCGACGAGAAUUCAAAGGAUAAAGGAGUCUACUGGUACAAGAACAAGUUUUGAUACUUGACCAUCACAAGCGCCACCAGCAAUGAAGAUCAUGAUGGAUGGAAAGCAGUUAGGAAGCUUUUCCUCUCUCUCUCUCUCUCUAGCAUGGAACAUGGAAGGAAUGGCUUAAGUUCGUCAUAAUUCAUUUCGAUUACAUGUGUGUGGACCGUCUAGAAGAAAGUGGGUGUAUUACAGUCCCUAGUUGGUCUAAUCUUGUGUUUCUUACUGUGUAGGAAUUCUGCUUAGUUAGAAAUAAAUUCUUGGGUGUCUCAUGUCUGCAACCCACUUGGAAUUAGAUUUUGUUACUUUUCCUUGAUAUUGCAAUUUAGAGAGCA